CUUCCCCCUAUCCUCCAUGUUCCUGCCCCCGCCACCACGGUUGUCACCGCCAUUGACGAGGGCAUACGCCCCGACGCUCUCCGACGCCCUCUUCCUAGCGGCCUCCGUCUCCGCCCAGGCAGUCAGAAUCACGUUAUCUAAUAAUUCCGUCUUAAGCUCCGUAUGCGCCAACAACACGCUCCUCUGCACAUUGUAAUCGGGCAGGAGAUUGCGCACAUGGUGUGU